GGUCUGUGGUGGUGCUGGAUCCGGGGUCUGUGGGGGUGCUGGAUCCGGGGUCUGCGGGGGUGCUGGAUCCGGGGUCUGCGGGGGUGCUGGAUCCGGGGUCUGCGGGGGUGCUGGAUCCGGGGUCUGCGGGGGUGCUGGAUCCGGGGUCUGCGGGGGUGCUGGAUCCGGGGUCUGCGGGGGUGCUGGAUCCGGGGUCUGCGGGGGGUCUGGAUCCGGGGUCUGUGGUGGUGCUGGAUCCGGGGGUCUGUGGUG